CGGGACUGGGCGGCGGCGGCGGCGGCGGAGCCGGGGGAACGGCUAAAGCGGGGCGGCGGGCGACGGGUGGGGGCUAUGGGGAAAGACUACUACCAUACGCUGGGCCUGGCCCGUGGCGCUUCGGACGAGGAAAUCAAGCGUGCCUACCGCCGUCAGGCGCUGCGCUACCACCCGGAUAAGAACAAGGAGCCCGGCGCCGAGGCGAAGUUCAAGGAGAUCGCCGAGGCCUACGACGUGCUCAGCGACCCGCGCAAGCGCGAGAUCUUCGACCGCUACGGGGAGGAAGGCCUAAAGGGAGGUGGUCCCAGUGGUGGAAGCAGCAGUGGUGCUAAUGGUACCUCUUUCAGCUACACAUUCCAUGGAGACCCUCAUGCUAUGUUUGCCAAGUUUUUUGGUGGCCAAAAUCCCUUGGAUAACUUUUUUGGGCCACGGAACGGAGAAGAAGGCAUGGACAUAGAUGACCCAUUUUCUGGCUUCCCCAUGGACAUGAGCGGCUUCACCAACAUGAACUUUGGGCGCUCCCGCCCUGCCCAGGAGUCCACCCGAAAGAAGCAAGAUCCCCCCGUCACCCACGACCUUAGAGUCUCCCUUGAAGAGAUCUACAACGGCUGUACCAAAAAGAUGAAAAUCUCCCACAAGCGGCUGAACCCCGACGGAAAGAGCAUUCGCAACGAAGACAAAAUCUUGACCAUUGAAGUGAAGAGGGGGUGGAAAGAAGGGACCAAAAUCACCUUUCCCAAGGAAGGAGACCAGACCUCCAACAACAUUCCAGCUGAUAUCGUCUUUGUUUUAAAGGACAAGCCACACAAUAUCUUUAAGAGAGAUGGCUCUGAUGUCAUUUACCCAGCCAGGAUCAGCCUUCGCGAGGCUUUGUGUGGCUGCACAGUGAAUGUCCCCACUCUGGACGGCAGGACCAUACCCGUCGUGUUCAAAGAUGUCAUCAGGCCUGGCAUGAGGCGAAAAGUUCCUGGAGAAGGCCUCCCCCUCCCCAAAACGCCCGAGAAACGUGGGGACCUUAUUAUUGAGUUUGAAGUGACCUUCCCCGAAAGGAUUCCCCAGACAUCAAGAACCGUACUUGAGCAGGUUCUUCCAAUAUAGACACCUGCAUGCCCCAAGGACUGACUGAGGACCUUUCAGAGCUCAAGGAUUACCAGAUUGUUCCACCAGUUGUGGGCCCACAAGAGGGUGGGAGGGCUUUCGUACUGCUGAAUGUUUUCCAGAGAAUAUAUUACAAUCUUUCAAAGUCG